AUUCGGGAAGCCAACUACACCACCCGCAGCUUUUAAAACCCUUAUUCUCAACCUCACGGUCACGCUGUGACAACGGAACAAAAACACAUUAAUCAAGUCAAACGACAUGCUGAUCAUAGUGGACAUAGUGGCGUGCCCUCUGCACAGUUCCUCACUUCUUGUUUCGCUUUUGAUAAGCUCGUAUCACCGAAGCCUGGCUCUGAUUGGACAAGAGGUGAAAAAGGAAGUAACGAGCGUCGAGUUAUUUUCCUGCAUAUAAAACCAUAGAAAAAGCGAGGUACGGGACACGAAGGGGCACUGUUUUUAAGUUGUUCAGGUGAAAGAAAUGCCCUCCUUUGGUUAUUUUAUGGCAAGUGGAAGGCAAAGAUAGAUAAGUUUCACUUUUCCGAUGGAUUAAUAUGAAAGGUCACUCUUUCUUCCUGCUCGGCUCGACUCCAGGAGAAAAAAUAAAUCAAUAAGCUGGACUUAAGCGUAAUGAGCCGCGAGGGUGCAGAAAUGGACCAUGCACGAGCGCCGGAAACACAGGAAAGCAAGGCUGACAAGAAGCUGACUGGCAGCACUGCUUCUCCCGCCGAGAUUAAAAAGAGGCCAAUCAGAAGAGUGAGAAGUCCAUCUGCACCAAGAGCAUGGCUAUCCAGGUCUUACAAACCAAAGUUUGGAGGGCAUGUCUACAAGCCUCGUUUUCCAGGAGACCACCAUUCAUUUCACAAAACUGGUUUCCACAGUCAACACCAUCACUACCUGAAGAAUCAGGCUUACGUCCAUCGCAAGGAUUACCCUCCACCUAAACCUUGGUUGCUCGCAAUGAAGGAAAAGGAGAAGGAGAAGCAGAAGCAGAGGGAGAAAGAGAGGCCGAAGGAGAAAGAGAGAGAAAAGCAGCAUCACGAGCAGAGAGAGAGCGCUGAGAGAAGUUCACCUUCAAAACAAAACACUUCUAGGCCUGUCUUACCAAGGUCCACUUCCAGCAGAGACAAGGACAUACAGAUCACUGUUUUUCAAAACGAGCGAAACCAAAGCAGAGAGAGAGAUCACAGAGAGCGAAGCAGAGAUGGGGAGCUCCCUUUAACUGCGAGCCAGACGGCAGCACGAGACAGAGCCAUCCAACAGAAGAGGAGAGAAAUAGAUGAGGUUUACUACCAGGAGAGUGAAAUGUUCGGCCUUGUAGCAAAGAUGCUAAUUGCAAAGGAUCCAUCCCUGGAGCGUCCCAUCCAGUCGUCGCUGCAGGAGAACCUUCGGGACAUUGGCAAACGCUGUGUGGAUGCCAUGGAGAAAUUUAUUGAGGACUAUGACUCCAGGAAACUUUUGCACUAAUCACACACCCAGAUUUAUGUGUUCUUUAGCGACAGAGAUUCUCAGUGAGAUUCACGUUUUUUGACAUUUUAUCUGACGGAGUACAUCUUUUUUGAUUUUUGAUUUUUUUUUUAUGAGUAAUGUUCUAACAGUUUCUUAAAUGUUGCCUGAUAUGUUUUAAGCUGUUUCCAGUCUAAUUCUAUUGGAAAAUUAAGAUUUAAUGCUGACCAUUUUAAUGUGAUUGUAAAAUAACUACACUGGUCAUUUCGCUUGAAAUGCAUUAAAACUAGAGAACUGUGUUUUAACAUCUGA